AUGACUCGCUCAGCCCUCCCACACGCCCGCCGCGCUCUGCCCCGCCGCAGCCAGGCUGUCCCUCUCUGCCCGCGCCCCGCGACCACUGCCUCCCCGCUGGGGGCCCAGGGCGCCCCCCGCCCCACCUGCGCGCCCGCCCCAUCCAGCCGGGCUCAGGGUCGCGCCCACCUGGACGCAGGGGACCAGCGUCGCGCUCAGCUGGCUGCAGGGGACCCGGGUCGUGCCCACCUGAAGGCCAAGGACCGGAGUCGCGCUCACCUGGCGGCGGCGGUGGCCGUGGCCGUGGCCUCGGCCAGUCGCCAUGGGCUGCUCCAGCAGCGCCCUCCACAAGGCCCGGGACAGCAACAGGCGCCACCGCGAAGAAAGUGCGUCAGGCGCCGCCCAGCCCAAGCCACAGACAGUGUCAAAAGAAUCGAACUCGUAUGACCCGGUGCAGAGGGGACACCCUGCCCCGCGGGAGAAGCUCCAGGUGUCGGCCGCGUCUGCCGCCAAUGGCCUCGGCGCCCACCCUGGCCAGCCCCCCUGUCAGGGCACUGCGGACCCACCGCCCUCGGGGCCCACAGAGCAGGGCGCGGCUCGGCCGGGCGGCAGAAGGGAGGCAGAGAGCAAGGCCGAGGGCCAGGCCCGGACAGAGACUCCCCCUGGGGAAGGGGUCCCGGAGGCCCAGGGCCCGGCGAGUGGGACGGCGGGGGAGCCCGAGGGUCCUGCAGCAGAGGAUGGAAACCAGGGCCUGCCUGCAGAAGUGCCCCCUGGGGGUGCGGUUGGGGACGGGCCCCCAGACUCAGAGACAGAAGCCCUGGGCCAGCCACCACCCCCGCCCCCGGAGGAAACAACUCCCUCACAGAUGGGGGCAGAGGCUCCCCUGCAGGAGGCCACAGGCCCGGGGGCCACGGGGCAGGGCCCCCUGGCUGCAGCGGCCACAGGACGUCCAGCAGGAACUCUAGAAACAGAAGCCAGUGAGGACGCCGUCGGGGGACUCCAUGCCUGUGACAAAGGCGGCCAAGACAGGGAAGGCGAGACGGGAGAUGUGGUCAGAACAGAGACGGCCGAUGAGAAAGUGAGCGGAGGGGCCGAAACACAGGAGGAAGAAACGGGGGAAGCUGUGGGGGUCCCCGCGGGGCGGCCAGAAGGUGGAGAUGCAUGGAGCCAGUGAUGACGUGACCUUUCAGCCUUUCUGUGUGUGCAGCUGGGACUGGCCGGCGUCCGUCCCGGUCCUCCCAGGAAACGGCAGAGCCGUGCUGUUUUCUUUGCCUCUUGGAAUACACGUGGCUUUCGAGCUCAGAGACCUCAGGGCCUCGGUUCACGUGAGAGUGUGACGGGGAGGGCUGGGGCCACUGGGCAGUGGGGAGGCACUGGCCUCGCAUGUGGCCAACCCGGGUUUGAUCCCUAGCAUCCCAUAGCACCCCUAGGAGUGGCCCCUGAGUACAGAGCCAGGAGGGACCCCUGAGCAUUGCCAGAUGGGGCCCCCAAACCCCCCCAAAAGUGAGGGGGCAGCCCAGGGUCUAUUCAGAAUCAAAAAUUGAGACACUUCCCAAUAAAGAGCUAAGAGGGGGCCGGAGUGAUAGUAGAGCUGGUAGGGCGUUUGCCUUGCACAGGCUGACCCAGACUGGAUCCCUGACAUCCCAUCAGGUCCCCCGAGCACCGCCGGGAGUGAUUCCUGACUGCAGAGCCAGGAGUAACUCCUGAGCAUCACCAGGUGAGAGCCAAAAAAGCCAAAACAUAAAAAUAAAGAGAGAAGAGGUCAGAGAAAGGGGUUGACAACUUUUCAGAAGCGAGUGAUAACUCGGUCACGGCAUCGCCGUGCUGGGGCAAGGACGAGGCUGACUGCAGGCUUUGAAGGCCGCACGUGGCCUGCAUGUGAGCCUGGGGACAGGGGGAGCUCGGGCGGGAGACCACAGGGGCUCCUGCGCGUGCAAGUGGCCCCCGCCCCGGGCUGACCCCCAUCACUGAAUAUGGUCCCCCAAGCCCCACUAGGAGUGACCCUGAGCAGAGCCAAGAGUAAGCCCUGAGCACACCCAGUGUAGCUCCCCCGCCCCCAAGAGCCCUCACAGGCCAGGAAGCCGGAAAGCUGUCUGGGCCACAGUUAGGAGGUGUGCGGAGCGAGUCCUUUCCGAGGAUCAUAGCUGGGCGCUCUUACGACAUGGGCUGCACACUCUAACAGGUGUGGCUUUUUCACAGUGAAAGGCCAUGUGGGACCCAGGUGCCCCUUGCCCUCAGCUGGCCGUUGUGUCCUCCAAGGCGGGGUUCCCGGUGGUGUGCUCCUUAUGACAAGUUCAUGGGCUUUAUUUUAUUUUAUUUAUUUUACUUUUUGGGUCACACCUGGCGGUGCUCAGAGGUUACUCCUAGCUCUGCACUCAGGAAUUACUCCUGGCGGUGCUCGGGGGCCAUAUGGGAUGCUGGGGAUCGAACCUGGGUCAGCCACGUGCAAGGCAAACAUCCUACCCACUGUACUAUAGCUCCAGCCCUGAGUUCAUGAACUUUAGAUGCGUUUGGUUAGAACCCUGCCUUUGGGUCCCAUCUCUUGGGCGAGAGAGGGAGGGCUUCAGGCAAUGCUCAGGAGGUCUAAGGGACUCACCAGUGGCCCAAGGCAGUGCCUGAGGCAGCAGGGCUGCUCCGGCCAGGGUGCUGGGGCUACGCAGGUGUCCCUUUUGGACAGGGACCUCAGGGGUCCCUCUGGCCGUGCUUCCAGAGACCCUGUGAUACUGGCUGGAACCCGGGUUCGGUGUGUCCUAGGUUUGCCAUAGCCCCUGUCAUCUUCCAGCGCUGUGGGCCCCACCCAAGCCUUUUUAGAGCUCCAGGACUUAAUAUUGGGCUCGAAGGUGGAGACUAGGGCAUCUAGUGUUUGGUUAGAGCUGAAUGUGAACUACCAGAAUCGCCCCAAGUCAGGAGGGCAAAAUUUACCCCCCAAGUGCCUUCUGCCAUGAACGAACUGGGUUUGGAAUUAAAUUCUGGAAACAUAUGAGUGUUUUGUUGUUUCUGUUUUGGGGUAACACCUUCAGUUCUCGGGGUCUGCUCCCGGCUCAGGGCUCUUUCCUGGUGGGGCUCCAGGGGCCGUGUGGUGCGGGGGGGGGGUCAAACCCGGGACUCCAUGCGCAGAGCUCGCCCUUUGGUCCGUCGCGCUGUCACUGUAGCCCAGCAUCGGGCUCAUCUUCGGUUUGUUGGUUUCUUGGCUUUGGGGCCACACCACAUGGUGCUCAGCACUUAGUCCUGGCUCUGUGCUCAGGGGUCAUGCUUGGCGGUGCC